AUGGUCGAUGCGGUGAAGCGAGCCAAAGUGCCGACCGUUGAAUUGAGAUCGACGCGAUUGAAGCAUUCGUUCCCGUUUGUGGGGGUCAACAACUGCUCGCUCGGAAAGCUGGUCGCCGAACACUUUCUCGAUCGCGGAUUUCGCAACUUUGCCGUGUAUCAGUUGGGGGCGGAAGAGUACUUUCAGCAGCGGUGCGAGAACUUUGUGCAAACCGUGGCCGAGCAUGGCUACGAGGCGUUCCGCUAUCACCCGCUCAAUCGCCGCGAGCAGCCAACGCAGUGGGAGCAAGCUCAGAAAGAACUUGCCGAUUGGGUCGCCCAACUGCCCAAGCCGAUCGGCGUGAUGGCAUGCACCGACCAACUCGGAUUCUGGCUGUUGGAUGCGUGUCGGCGGUGCGGAGCGAUCGUCCCGGAAGAAGUGGCCGUGGUGGGAGUCGAGAAUGACGCUUCACUUUGCAACAUGGCGACGACGCCCCUUUCCAGCGUCGAGUUGAACGGCACGGCGAUCGGCUUUCGCGCUGCGGAACUGCUCGAGCAUUUAAUGCGUGGGGGGAAAUCGCCGAAGGAACCGAUCCUCGUCGAACCGCUGGGAAUUGUUACGCGAAUGUCGUCGGAUAUUGUGGCACUGGACGAUCCGGAACUUGCCAACGCGCUGCUCUACAUGCGCGAAUAUGCGUGCGAAGGAAUCGGGGUACCUGACGUGUUGAAGGCGGUGGCAAUUUCGCGAAGUUCGCUCGAGCGAGGGCUGCGAAAGCUGCUGGGACGUUCGCCCAAUCAGGAACUGAUUCGCUUGAAGCUGUUGCGAGCGGAAGAAAUGCUGACGCACACUGACUUAACGCUGUCCGUGAUUGCCGAGCG